AUGAUCCGGAAGCCGGAACGGGGCGGCGAAAACGUGGGUGUGAAAUCUACGGCUCUUGAGAUAAUUACACAUAGGAGACAAGGUUUUGACUCCGAUGUUCUCCUGUCACCACUUCAAACCCUUAAGAAUGACAAUACCAUUGUAAUUACUAAACCAGACAAGGGACGAGGAGUUGUUAUUUUAAACAAAUGUGAUUAUGAACAAAAGUUAAUGGAUAUUCUCAGUGACAAAACAAAAUUCAAACAAAUCACGACAAAAAUUUCCACCCAUCUGUUAUAUUUAGAAGACAAACUAAAUAGACUUCUUCAUACUAUCAAAGCAUCCAUUAACAUAAACCCCUACAACUCUCUUAUGACUUCUGGAUCCAGACCUGGUGUUCUUUAUGGACUACCCAAAGUUCAUAAACCUAAUAUCCCUUUAAGGCCUAUCAUUUCCUCGAUUGGCACUUUCAAUUACAACACCGCAAAAUUUCUUGUUCCCAUCAUCUCCCCUUUAACAUCCAAUCAAUAUACUAUUGAUAAUUCCACAUCCUUUGUUAAAGAAAUCACGUCUCUGAACUUCCAACAACCCGUCACUAUGGCGAGUUUUGAUGUCGAGUCGUUAUUCACAAACGUGCCUCUACAAGAGACCACGGAGUUGAUAGCUAACAACCUGGACAAUACUUAUCUUGACAAAUAUGGUUUGGAUACGAUUACCUUCAAAAAGUUAUUGGAAAUCACUGCCAAUCAUUCAGUUUUUACGUUUAACGACUGCCUAUAUGCACAAACAGAUGGCGUAGCUAUGGGCUCUCCACUUGGCCCCUCCUAUGCUAAUGCAUUUCUAUGUCACCAUGAGAAAAGCUGGCUUGAUAACUGCCCGCCUGAAUUCAAACCCCUACAUUAUCGUCGGUCAUCGUAUGUCAGGGUAGCAGUUUGGCAGAGUUUUUGCAUAAUGCGGCGGUCACCACAUGGUAAACUCCCCACUGCUUCACGAAAUCCAAAAACUCCUUGCUAG